GCAACUUCCGGCAGUGACUAACUAGCCAAAGGUGAAAGUGCUUGUGCUUGUUUGGGAACUCUUUCUCGCUCUGUUGUAUUUUUAGUAAGACGCUCCACCAGGAGGCAUUUUUUACAGCAAACAACAUAAACACUGAGUUAAGUUUUAAAGAGUUUGGCGCAGAGCAGCACUUCGCGACCGUUAGCAGAGCAGCUAGCCGGCUAGCUCUUCACCUACUGGUGCUCAGCGUCCGGAGUCAGACUCCAGAAUCUAGACGCUCAUGUUCGGUUCCCCUGAAAAUGCAGCGUUUCUCUCGCGGUCUUGGGGGAUGGAGCCUUUUCGAGUGAGCGCGGGGCUUGCGGCGACAUUUUAAUGGGAGGCGGCUUGCGGUGCCGGACUGGACAUUGCGGGCGACACUUGCGAAAAAAGCGGAGGUCCUGGCGAGCUGUCGGGGUCAGAUGGAGUCUCUGGCCGGAUACGUUUACAAGGCAGCCAGCGAGGGCCGAGUCCUGACCCUGGCCGCGCUGCUGCUCAACCACUCCGAGGCGGAGACCCAGUAUCUGCUGAGCUACGUGACCCAGCUGGCCGGACAGAGGUCCACUCCGCUGAUCAUCGCAGCCCGCAACGGACACGACAAAGUGGUCCGGUUACUCCUGGACCAUUACAGAGUGGACACGGAACAGACCGGCACGGUUAGGUUCGACGGCUACGUCAUCGAUGGGGCCACGGCGCUGUGGUGUGCAGCAGGAGCUGGGCACUUCGAGGUGGUGCGUCUGCUGGUGAGUCACCAGGCCAACGUCAACCACACCACCAUCACCAACUCCACUCCUCUGCGAGCCGCCUGCUUCGAUGGCCGUCUGGACAUCGUUCAAUACCUGGUGGAACAUAAGGCUGACAUCAGCAUCACCAACAAGUACAACAACACCUGUCUGAUGAUCGCUGCUUACAAGGGCCACACAGACGUAGUCACAUUCCUGCUGGGGCAGGGUGCAGACCCCAACGCCAAGGCCCACUGCGGUGCCACUGCCCUGCACUUCGCAGCAGAGGCAGGGCAUCUGGAGAUUGUAAAAGAGCUGGUGCGCUGUCAGGCGGCGAUGGUGGUGAACGGACAUGGGAUGACGCCUCUGAAGGUGGCUGCGGAGAGCUGUAAAGCUGAGGUGGUGGAGCUGCUGCUGACACACGCUGACUGUGACCCUCGCAGCCGCAUCGAGGCCCUGGAACUGUUGGGCGCCUCGUUCGCCAACGACCGAGAGAACUACGACAUCCAGAGAACGUACCAGUACCUGCACACGGCCAUGACGGAGCGCUAUCGAGAUGCGGAGAGCGUCAUCUCCAAGGAGCUGCUGCCGCCCAUCGAGGCCUACGGGGGGCGCUGCGAGUGUCGGACGCUUCAAGAUUUGGAGGCCAUACGGGUGGACAGAGAUGCUCUGCACAUGGAGGGACUAAUGAUCCGAGAGCGGAUCCUGGGCUCGGACAACAUUGACGUAUCACACCCCAUCAUCUACCGCGGUGCUGUGUACGCUGAUAACAUGGAGUUUGAGCAGUGCAUCAAACUGUGGCUUCAUGCACUUCACCUGCGGCAGAAAGGAAACAGGAACACGCACAAGGACCUGCUGCGUUUCGCUCAGGUGUUCUCGCAGAUGGUUCACCUGAAGGAACAGGUGUUGGCCUCAGCUGUGGAACAGGUGCUGAGCUGCAGCGUGUUGGAGAUUCAGCGCAGCCUGGCUCGAGUUGAGGCGGCGACUGAAUCUGAGCUACAGCAGGCCAUGGACAAUUACGAGUCCAAUAUUUUUACUUUUCUGUACCUGGGCUGCAUCUCCACCAAAACCACGUGCAGCGACGAGGAGCGCGCCCUCAUCAACAAGCACAUCUACCACCUGAUCCAGCUGGACCCGCGGUCACGCGACGGCUCCUCUCUGCUCCACCUGGCCAUCAGCUCCACGACCCCGGUCGAUGACUUCCACACAAACGAUGUCUGUAGCUUCCCCAACGCCCAGGUCACCAAGCUGCUGCUGGACUGCGGCGCGCAGGUCAAUGCCGUCGACCACGAGGGCAACACCCCUCUACAUGUCAUUGUCCAGUACAACCGGCCCAUCAGCGACUUCCUCACGCUGCACGCAAUCAUUAUCAACCUGGUGGAGGCCGGGGCCCACACGGACAUGACCAACAAGCAGAAGAAGACGCCGCUGGACAAGAGCACAACAGGAGUGUCGGAGAUCCUGCUGAAGACGCAGAUGAAGAUGAGCCUCAAGUGCCUGGCUGCGCGUGCCGUCCGGCAGCACCAGAUCACCUACCGCAACCAGAUCCCCAAAACUCUGGAGGAGUUUGUGGAGUUUCACUAACAGAUUGAACACAACUGGUUUUAAUGAAUUCCUUCAUGUGGUGCUGAGGACGAUGGCGAUCCAGUACUAAAUGUUGUUGAGCAUUUUUAUAAAAAAGUGGGUUUUUCUAUUUAAGUAUUUAAACUGCUAAUUCCCAGCAGCCUUGUCUGAUCACAGAUGCUGCUCGUUUGUGCAGCAGGCUUGUGUUGUGAUGUCGCCACGAUGCUUCUUGUUUUGCCUUAUGUUCACGUUACUGUGACUCUGAAACCUGUGAGACGCAAAACAGAAGGAAUGUAGGAGCCAUCAAACGACCAAGCUUACCCACAGUCUGCAUCCAUACAUGAAGACUAACACUGAUGACAGGUUCAAACUGCUGAAGAUGAUUCUAAUCAGGUUAUUACUUGUGUUUUAAGGGAGGUCAUUUUAAAGGUUUUUUUUGUUCAAUUGUGUUUUUUGCCUUGUUUCUGUAAAACUGCUGCAGAGUUGAACCACUCACGAUCGUACAGUUAAACCCUUUAUUGAUCUGACACUACAUGCUGAGCUGUUUGUUAGGUUUUUUAAAGCUCAGGAACCAUCAAACCCAACAAUUAAAUGUAGACAGAUAUUUUCUCUAAUGAUAUCAAUCAUGGUGACACUUUAAAUAUUGCUUUUUAACAUUUGGACCUGUCAGAGAUUAGCGCUCCACGACAAAUUUCUAUUUCUAAACGUAUUCAGCCAGUUGGAAAUCAAAGCUUCUGUUUGAUACGUUCCACAACAGUGUCCGCACUCUUUAGCACUGUUGGUAGAUUUACCCAGAACCUGGUACCGAGACUUGAGUGUCUGCAGAUGCUUGUAGAUGAGUUUUAUUGUCAGAGUUUGGCUUCCCACGAUUCUACUGCAGCGCUGCCGCCACUCUUUUGUUCAGAUAAUCUGUAAAACAAACAUUAGAUGAGAAUAAGUUCAGCCGCGUUGAAAUGUUCUUUGUGCAGCUCCCAGCAGAGCUGAGUCGUCGUGUGAUGGGACUUUUAAGAUGGUUCUGGUUCCCUCGUGUGUGUGUGAAAGGUGCCAAACAGGAAGCUCAGCUGCUUUUGUUUAAAGAGAGCUGACAACCAACAGCUUUUUGUGGAUGAAGCCAAAGAGUCAGCUGUGUUGUACUUCCUGCUGAUUGAAUGCUGUCAAAUUAAAAGUCUCUGCACUCAC